AUGGCCACCACGGACGAAGACACCUUUCUCGAACAGGAAGGCUGCUACGUGGCCCUGACCAACUCCCCGCUCAACCUGCAGUCCAUCGUCGACCGCGUGCGCUCCCCCCAAGCCGGCGCCAUUGUUCUCUUUGCCGGCACCACCCGCGACUCCUUCGACAACAAGCCCGUCAAGGAGCUGCAGUACACCGCCUACCGCCCGCUGGCCCUGCGCACCAUGCUGAGCAUCUGCGCCGCCCUCCGCGCCAAGCACGCGCUCAAGGGCAUCGCCAUGGUGCACCGCCUCGGCGUCGUGCCCAUUGGCGAGGAGAGCAUCCUGAUCGCCGUGUCGGCCCCGCACCGCCAGGCCGCCUGGCGCGCCGGCGAGGAGGCGCUCGAGGAGUGCAAGGCCCGCGUCGAGGUCUGGAAGCGGGAGGAGUUCGAGGACGGGGAGGGCGUGUGGCGCGCGAAUCGGGACGGCGUGAGGGGGGAGAGGGUGGGUUGA